AUGUCACUUAUCACGGACAUGCCCCGUCCCUGUGCCAACUCGCGGUCGACUCCGCCACCUAGCCCUGGUGCCUCUACGAUCUCAGACUCGAGCUCGCUCGAGGUUGAAUACGCAGAAAUGGCGUUUGCUGCACGGUUUAUCACUGCUGUUGAGACGCUUGUGGAAAACAAGCUAUCCAAGAAUGCUUGGAAAUCACAUUUUCUGUGGCUUUCAUCGAGUGCAGUGUAUUCGCCAUUUGUCAUCAAUUAUUGGGUCUUGGAUCUUCGCUGGAUAUUAAAAAUUGACCAAUCACUGGACCCAACAUUUCAAUCCGCCAUGAUAACCAAGGAACUCGCCCCAAAUGGAUGGACGGCCGUCCCGGUCGACGCGGGUAAAAUCUUUCAGAAUGGACCUUACACCAAUGAACCCGACUACGUCGAUGUCAAUAGCAUCGAGUUUCCAUCGAAUGAUCCUAUUGUCAGUAAAACUCAGCAAUAUGCCAAAGUCCAUCUGUUGAAACAGACUUAUCAUCAUUCAAUGAGGGUCUACUACUGGGAAGAGAACAUCACUUCCACUCGCCUCUCGUUUGAGUUCCAGGGUGGUAUUCAAGCCCUUGAUCUUUUAAACAGCUAUGGUUCCACCAAAGAUCAAGCUGAGGCUGUCUGCGAGACUAUUAUCCGGCACCAGGAUUUUGGUACUGAGGGCAACAUCACAUUUUUGGACCAGUUAAUCCAGCUAGCCACGAUCUAUGAUUUUGGCAUGCACCACAUAAAGUAG